AUGGAACCUCGCGCCCGUGCCGGCCGGCACAAAGUCAACCUCAACUUUGGCCCAGAGCUCUCGGCCCUUCUGUACGCAUAUGGCGCACCUACGCACCCCGACAUCGCGAAGCCCCUCGGCGCCUCGUCACGGCAAUACCUGUCGUCCAACAACACACCCAACACCAGCCACACACCCACACCGUUCACGCAGCCCUUCCCUGAAACACUACGCGUGCUCGACGAGAUCUUGACGGACUUCAUCAUCGAGACGUGCCACAACGCCGUCGGGGUGUCGGUCUACUCCGGGCGCGCCAAACUGAAGCUCUCCGACUUUGAAUUCGCGAUCCGGAAGGACAACAUCAAGCUAGGCCGCGUGCAGGAGAUGUUCAAGAAGAAGCGGGAGAUCGACAACAAGAAGAGACUGUUCGACACGACCGAGGGCAAGGAAGGCCAGAAGCUGGCGGUGGACGACCUGGUCAAUCUGGGCGAGGUGGUCGGCGAGGAAGGCACGUCGAAAGGGAAGGGCCGAGGCAGGGGGAGGAAGAAGAAGAGGGACAUCGGGGACGUGGACACGGAAAUGGUCAAUGGAGGGGUGAACUCCAAGGAGCGGACGCCGGGCGCGGACGAGAGUGGUGAGGAGAGGGCCAGCAAGAGGGCCAAAAGUGACCUUGGAUGA